UUCCCUUCUUGGCGUUCACAUCGAGAGUGACAGCAGCAACAAGUAAAACCAAAGUCCAAGGAUCACAACAGAGUUCGGUUUUUGGCCAAAUACCAAGAGCAAAUAGUUCCACACAAUUAACAGCAGAAAUCGUCUACAGUUCGACGCAUUUCUGUUCAACGCCUGGCGCCAGAUUUGUCUAAUUUCCCGACGCCAUUUAAAUUGCCGGCCAUUUCCAGCCCAUCCUCAACGCAAAGAAUCGCACCAAACCGCCUAAAAAUGAUGAAAUUCGUACAGAUUCUGUUGUGCUAUGGCCUGCUCCUGGCUCUGCUCUUCGCCGUCAGCGAGGCCCGACCAUCCACAGCCGAAACAGGACCCGAUGCCGAUGGACUGGAGGGACAGGAGGGUGAGGAUGCUCGUGGCGCCUAUGGUGGAGGCUAUGACAUGCCAGCCCAGGCCAUCUAUCCCAACAUACCCAUGGACCGCCUGCAGAUGCUCUUCGCCCAGUACAGACCCACUUACAGCGCCUACUUGAGGACCCCCUCCUAUGGCAAUAUGAAUGAGCUCUAUAGGCUGCCCGAGAGCAAGCGUCAAGUGAGGUAUCGGCAGUGCUACUUCAAUCCCAUCUCCUGCUUUAGGAAGUAAAUUCCUAACGCAACCGGAACUGUAUCCGUGUACCCGAAAGCCCUUGGAUAACACAUUAACAUUUCAAGCAUUUCAAAUGAAACAAAAAACAACCAAAAACCAAAUCAAACCCAAGCAUGGAAUUUAGCAUAAAACCUCAGACAAAAUAUAACGCAAAUAUUUAGUGCAAUUAAACUAAAGCUAAGACUCAAACUUAUAACCCCCCACCCCCUUAUAUAUGUAUAUCGCAAAUAUAAAUGUCUAAACAAAUUACUACAAAAAAUGCUUCAUUGUAGUUACCAAAAAAAAAUAAGAAACAAAACAAAGAAAUCGAACUUAUAAAUUAAAUAUUUAUUGAAAUAUAUUUGCAAGACAAAUGAAAAUUUCUAAUCCCCUUUUGGUUGUUCUCACAAUUAUUUAUUUACGCUUGGCAU